AUGGACACCCUGAGUCUCAUCAGCCUGCACUGCUCUCAUCUGGUGUCCGGCGCGGCGGCGCCAGCCAGCCCCCCCGAGACUGGGGCAGGGCCCCCGACGAUGUCCCCCUGCCUCCUCCCCAUAGACUUCAAUGGCGACCCGCCCAGAGAGGCCGGGGCAGCGGGGCAGGAGGGGCGGAGCGGGGAGCCAGGGGCCGGCGGCCCCAGCCAGCCUGAGCCGGGCUGCAGGAGGAGAAAUCCCCGCAAGCAGCCCGCACCCAGCCGGAGCGCUGAGGCCCGAGACCCCAAUUUCCAGGGGGUGACGCUCUGCAUGCGCCUGUGUCUUUGCCAAGGCAGCUCCGAUGGGUACCAGCUCCUCAUCCGCCCCCAGUUCAGCAGUGCCACGUGCGGGAAAAGAAGCCGUAACCCAAAUCCAAGUCCCAUCUCUUUAACAAGAGAAUUCUGCAGAGCCAGCAGUUCUGAGGAGGAUCAAGGCUCCCUCUCUGUCCAGAGCGCUAAGUGUUGCGCUUCCUGCCAGACGAGGAAAACUCCCCUGUGGAGGAUUGCUGAGGACGGCAUCCCACUCUGCAACGCUUGUGGCAUCAGGUACAAAAAGUACAGGAUACGAUGUUUCCGCUGUUGGAAUAUCCCGAAGAAAAGUGGAAAACCUUACUCCCGUUGCUCUAACUGCGGAGACAGACUGCGCGUGGCCGUGGCCCAGCAGAGAACCGGGAAAAGAAAAUGCGACGACCUCCUUAAAUCUCAAGCAAGGACUCUUUGCUAUUAG